UCGGUACUUUGGCAGCAGUCAGCAAAGUCAACGCUACAAAGUCAGAUCAACAACAAAAAGGCCAAGUUCAAGUUUUCAGCAUCAAACAGCCAAUCAAAUCUGAAAACGUUCAACACCUUUUCUUUGGCCGCAAAUUACGUAAAUCUUUUUGUGUAGCAUUUUUAUAGGAUGGAGACUAACGUGACUGCGAUGGCUCAACAACAGCCAUUUAAUCCAUGGGCCAUUCCCGACAGCUUCACCGUCUAUCAUUUCGCCCCGGAAGAGAUCCGCAGCUUCCUGCAUCCCCAUUGGCAAACGCAGAAAGCUCCUCAUCCCAUGGUCUACUAUUUAUUCGGAAUCCUUUAUUUGGUCAUUGGCACUGUGGCCGUUGGUGGAAACUACAUGGUGCUGAGAAUCUUGGGAAGCUUCCCUUCUCUGCGAACGCCAGCAAAUAUGCUCGUGAUGAACCUGGCCGUCUCCGAUUUCCUGUUGAUGAUUACUCUCCUGCCCGAGGCUUGUUACAACUUCUUCCUCGGCGGACCGUGGCAAUUUGGCGAUUUAGGUUGCCAAAUUCACGCAUUCUGCGGUGCCCUGUGCGGUUACAGCCAGAUUACCACGCUAGUCCUCAUUUCCUACGAUCGAUACAAUGUGAUCGUCAAAGGAUUCAACGCCGCCCCACUGACUUUCGGCAAGGCUUCGGCAAUGAUAGUUUUCAGCUGGAUGUACGCCUUGGGUUGGUCGGUGUGUCCUCUUGUUGGCUGGGGAUACUACGCAAUGGACGGGAUGCUUGGAACGUGCUCUUUCGAUGGAUUGACCACCAACAUGAACAACAAGAGCCACAUUCUCGCCUCUACCAUGUUCCUCUACGUGAUACCGAUCAUCGUCAUCGUUGGCUGUUACUACUUCAUUGUCAAGGCGGUGUUCCACCACGAAGACGAACUACGUCAACAAGCCAAAAAGAUGAACGUCACUUCGUUGAGGAGCAACAGCGACCAGCAGGCCGUCUCGGCCGAAAUCCGCAUCGCUAAAGUGGCCAUUAUCAACGUCACGCUGUGGAUCAUUGCCUGGACCCCGUUCGCCGUUGUUUGCAUGCUGGGAACGUGGGGGGACACCUCCAAGAUCACGCCUUACAUCUGCGAACUCCCCGUCAUCCUGGCAAAGACAUCUUGCGCUUACAAUCCAGUCAUCUAUGCCUUGUCGCAUCCUAAAUAUCGAGAGUGCCUGAAAGAGCUCUUCCCAUGGCUGUGCAUCGUUGUCGAAACCAAGAAGUCGAGCAAACACGGAGGAGACAACCAGUCGACUGGUUCGACUAGGACGGAAGCCUCAUCCGCAACAACCCAGGCCUAAUGGAAAACGGGAUGACGGAUCAACAUAAUUACAUUAUGUCGAUUACACUGCGUAAUAGACUCGCCAUCUAUUUAACCGCUGCCAAAGAACGAUUUUGGAUAGUUGACAAUUGGCCACAGACUAUAUGGAUAGAAUAACGAUCUGUUGAUAAUCUCAUCAUUAACUAUUAUAUACCAACAAAACCCACCUCAAGAUCCAAUUGAAUUUCGUUAUAGGGCAAUCAUCUUUCGAUGACACCUUAUAGAUAGUAUAUACGAGUAUAAGGAACACACACCGCUAUAAUAUGAUUCUGUUUGCCUGUAAUUCACUGUUGAUAGAUAACGAAAUAUACGCCAACCCAAGCAUGCAAUCAAAA